AUGGUGACUCGAUUUCAUCAGCUGCUCACAGCAGCCUUGUUUCUUGUGGCCGCUCUCCCGUACCCUGGGUGUGGCGCCCCGGCAUCCGAGUCUGCGCAAAAGCCUGCAAGUGCGGACAAACCUAGAAACGAUGACUCCGUCGACCUGUCGGAGGAGAGCUCAGCCACAAUUGUAACGAAUGAAAAUCCGCUGCCAUAUCCCCCAGAAAAGAUGGAGGGGCCAUCUUUGGACGAGUGUAACGCGGAUCACGUUGGCGCUGGCUUCAUGGCAGUCUCGUUCAAGGGGACUCUCGUGUGGAAAGACAUGAGUUACCCGUCUGAGCUUCCAAAAGCUACCUCUCUGACCAUUGAGGUGCAGGACGCUACCAGAGACGAGAUGGAAGAUCGGCCAAUCCUUUUCGUGUACCACACCAAAACCAGCAGCGCAUACGAGCCGGGAAAGCCUCUCCCGUACGCAUUCUGUGCAAAGAUACCCGACAACAAGAACAUCACGGAGUAUGGGCUACAUACGCAUUUGAACCUUGGCCGCGUACACGUCGAGAGCGGGGGAUCACGAGUGGAAAGUUACAUUGGCCUGACGGAGGUCGAGUCUGGCAUUGAUGAGUAUGGCAAUGUGCGCGUUCGCAUGUUUCCUGUCGUGACUACGGAGCAAACAGUUGAGGACGGCAGGUCCUCCGACGGCGCCCCUGCUAGCAAGAAACCAGGACAAUCGAAGUAUGAUGCUUCGUGCAACUUUGCGAGUGUCAAAGAUGAGGGAAUCAUUGGUGUUGCUACAGAGGUGUCAGUCAGCUUCCCGUCGGAGCUUGACGCAGCGAACCUGCCAAAACCGACAUAUUUGACGGUACGCAUGGAUGACAUCAGUACAGAUGAGGACGAGCCACAAGCCGUCGCAGUCUUCACAUCCGACAUCACGGCGUGGUACAAGCAAGGAGCGCCUCUGACUGCGCUGCUCUGCGCGAAACUGCCUGACCACGGGGAAAGCAUCAUGUAUCGCGUCAUCGCUCUUCUCAACGUCGGAUGGGAUGGGUACACCAAAGAGGGAGAAGAAGCAGCUGGGACAAAGCAGGAAAAGGACUCGGAGAAGAGCUCGGAGGAAAGCGCGGAAGAUGACGAUUUCGUCCAGACUCUUCGGAAAGGUGACUUCGUAGGAACCACGAUGGUCGUCGUGCUUCCAGGCAAAGUUGACUAUACGGCAUCCACAGAUCUGGAACCUUACAAGUCAACCGAGUAG